AUGGCUCUUGCAGCCCUAUUCCUUGCUUUGAUUGGCACCUCUGCCGCCCGCAUGCUCGCCGACGGCGAGGGCGAGGCAUCUGCGCUCGUCAGCAAGCAGCCCGCCGCAGCCAUGCAGCUCGACACAUGCGGCUCAGCCAAGAGCGGCUCCCAGCCCAGCAUGGUCCUGAAGGUCAAUGAGGGCGUCUGCACCGUCACCAGCCGGAUGCUCUCCUCUGAUGCCGGGCCCGGCCGCUGCGCCGCCCCCGCCGCCGGCGGCGCCCUCCAGCUCGCCUUCCCCUGCGAGGCCAACUCCGACACCCAGAAGCACCUCUCCGGCCCCGCCCUCAACCUGUGGGCGUCGCUGACCGCCCCCGCGACCGACGCCCAGGCCGCCACCUGCGCCAUCACCACCCUCAGCCCCUCCCUCUACUACAAGCGCGUGCCCCCGGCGCUCUACUACGGCUACUCGGUCGACAAGCUGCCCUGCCGCCAGCUGGCCGGCGGGGCGGUCUCCGCGGCGGCCGAGGCGCUCAGCCUGGGCAGCGCGAUGACGGCCUCGUCGGAGAGCCGCAUGGGCGUGUCCUACGGCAUCUGGCUCGUGCCCUCCCUGCCCUCGGUGAGCAACAGAACGCCCUGA